UACUCAGCCUUGGACAGAUAUUGCUAACCCAGGUAAUGCUAACCCUGCAAAUACCAUCCAUGCAGGUAGAGAAGCUUUUAGAGAUAGCGCUGUGUUGGCAAACGUUGCACUUGGUAGUAGCAAAGCUAGUCCUUUAAUAGAUAAUGUUAAUGCUAUCUUGGCAUCCGAAUGUAACUACUGCAGCCAAACAUAUUGUAACGUUACACAGGGCUUUCCAGCUAGCACCGCUAACAGGAGAACCUCUGUGCCCCAGCCGAUCAAUAACAAAACUGAAUCUAUUGGUUGCAAUGAACCAGGGAGGAUGGAAUCCAUAAUUUAUGCUUCACUAUUAAGUCCCGAGAAAAAACAGAAGAACUCGACAACCCAACAUCCGUCUUUACAACAGCAGAUGACAGCUCCGGUGUUUGUCGAUGCUAAGCUAUCUGAGGCUAUGAGGAAACUGGGAAACGCAGACGCUGCUUAUUGGACCUUUUCUGGAACAAGAGAAGAAGAUGGAACGUUACUUCUGGAGAGCAGAGAGGAAUCGAUAGAGUGGAGCGAUGUUUCUACAUCAUUCAGUGAGAUAAAUAAUGGGGUUAGCUGGACAGUUCGCCCGGUUGGACUCCACCCCCAAGAGAAGCCCAAGCGGUGCAUCUUGGGAAGAGGACAGAGGAGCUGUAGACAAAUCACAGCGUCUUCUCCCAGGCUCAUCAGCCAAAUACAGCUUUCUGCCGAUUCCCUCUGCUCACCUUCAACCCACCGCACUCGUUUGCCACAGCACCUGGCCCACACAGCUUUACCUGUGAACACAUCCCCUGAUGAUAUCCCCACGUGCUCAUCUGUCUGUUGUCCUUGCAGACAGAAGCCACCGGUUCUUAACAACAAGCCAAAUCUCUCACCCAAAACCCUCAACCAACUCUUUGGGAUCCCGUGUUUGACGGACACUACAAGCUCUACAAGAACCAUGGGUACCUUGGAGUACCCUGGAACACUGGGAACUAGGGGAAGCAUGGAGAACAGUAGCACCCUGGGAAGCAUUGGCACCUAUGGGACCGGUGGAUCCUCAGAGACCAGUAGCACCAUGGGGACCAUGGAUAUCUAUCGGAAACGUGGACCUUCAGAGAAAAAUAGCACCCUGGGGAUCACAGAUCCCUGGAUUAUCAACACAAUUUCUGACCCAGAAGCAGAGGCUUUGCUCUACACAAGCUUGAUGACUGAAGACAAAGACGAGAAGGAGACGGUGGGCAAGAGAGGGAUGGAGUCACCAAUGAUGAUGACAAUAAUGUCCACCAGGAAAAAAAAGAAGGCCAGGAGGAGGAGGAGAAGCUCAGGCAGGCCCCUGCUGAUGACGUCAUCCCCAAGGGCCUCCUCCUCCUCGUCUUCCACACCCUCCUCGUCUCCAUCUUCAUCUGGAGACGAAGGAGACGUGAAUGAGAAAACCCGUUGGAGGACGAGGACCAUGGCACGCAACCACAAGAGCUCCUGUGCAGGGAUUGGUUGGAGCAGGUCACCCCCCAAAAACCAUCUCGGGGCGGAAGGGUUGCUGCGAGAUCUUCAGAUCCACGAGGAAGCAGAGAGAGAGCGAGGAAACAAGGAAACAGAGAAGAGGAAGGAAUUACGAGAGGAUCACAAGUUUGAGUCCAGUCGAAUACAAACCACCGAGGAUCUGUUCAAGGUCAUCCACAGAUCCAAGAGGAAGAUGUUCGGAAGGCGAGAUUCAGAAGACAACCGACAUCUAACUCCCUCCUCCUCCCUCACCGCCCCUCGGCCUCCUCUCUCCAGGCCUACCGCGGCUCCCAGAGGUCAAAGGUCAGGCAAGAGCGAGAGCUUCAAGCUCCUUUUGCUGAGGAAAAGGAGUCGGUGGGAUUCCUCUUCUCGGAAAUCGGCUGUUGAGCGACUUUGCAAACUUGCUUCUUCUGAGACUCCUGCUGACCUCCAAAGGGCGACGCCCACAGCAAUGACUACAUCAAUGAUGUCACCGAUGACACUGCCGGGUACACACAACCUUAAUGGCCUUUUUACUCAGAGCCAGAACUUCUCCAUGAUCGGGUUUGGAUGGGGAGAGAGAGUUCAGAAGCAGAAUCACCUCCUUUUCAGCUCCUCCUCCUCUAACUCCUCCCACCUCCUCUUCCUCUCCUCAUCCUCGCAGCCUCGUUCCCUCAAUCCCCCCUGCUCUUCCUGCCGCUGCUGCCUGAAGGCCACCCCGGAGAUGAAGAAACGAGGGGGGAAAAGGAAGAGAACGAUGUUUUUAUGGAGACCGCAGGAAGCGAAGGAGAAAAUCUUAACUGACUGUGACAAUGUCUUCUACUGAUCCGGUCUCAUGUCCCACAGCAGCAGAAGACCAGACUUGACUCAACUGGACUGGACUAAACCUAACUUAACUUAACAAGACUUGACUAACCCGAAUGAAAUCCAGCAGAUUGGAGUAACACAGAAGUGGACUCAACUAGACCACUCUAAACCCUACCCAACUAAACUGGAGCCCACCACGUCGGACUCGACCUGUAACUCAAACUUACAGUUGAAACUACCGAUCUUUAUGAACUUGUAUUUUUGACUUUAGCUUGAAUAAUCUUUGUUGAUACUUAGUUUUAAGUGAAUGAAUCAGAAUUUGUGGUUCUUUGUCCGUGUCUUCUGUCUGACCAAUUGGGAGAGAAUGUUACCAUUGACAAUUACAAUAUAGGGAAUGUUAUUAAGUAUUUUUUUAAUUUAAAUUGUUGUUUUUAAAGCUAGAAACAAUAAGUGAUUUACAUUGUACCAUUUGAGUCUCCACGGUAAUGAGUUGAUCUUUGUAAACAAAGUGGUGGACAGAAAGAUAAAUAAAUAUUAUAGUUGAAAACAGUG